AAUGGAGUCAUGUCUGGAUUGAUGCAGAUGCUGCUUCUGAAGGUUUCUGCUCACAUCACAGAACAGCUGGGAAUGGCCCCAGGAGGAGAAUUCAGGGAGGCUUUCAAAGAGGCCAGUAAAGUACCUUUCUGUAAAUUCCAUCUUGGAGACCGACCCAUCCCUGUUACGUUCAAGAGAGCAAUAGCUGCACUUUCUUUCUGGCAAAAAGUCAAGCUUGCCUGGGGCCUUUGCUUCUUAUCUGACCCAAUCAGUAAAGAUGAUGUGGAGAAAUGCAAACAGAAGGAUUUACUGGAGCAGAUGAUGGCAGAAAUGAUUGGAGAAUUCCCUGAUCUUCAUCGGACGAUUGUCUCAGAACGAGAUAUUUACUUGACCUACAUGCUGAAGCAAGCAGCAAAGCAGAUAGAACUACCUCGAGCUUCAGAAACUGAACCUAGAAAAUAUAUCCCAGCUGUUGUAGUUGGUGUAGUCGGGAUGGGUCAUGUACCUGGAAUUGAAAAGAACUGGAACUCUGACUUAAACAUCCAGGCAAUAAUGAGCGUGCCUCCUCCAUCGGCUUCCAGUAAGAUUCUCAAAUUUGUCGUAAAAGCGACAGUUUUUGGACUGAUGGGAUACGGCUGCUACCGAAUAGGUCAAAGGACAGUUCAGUUUAUUCUCUCGAUGCCAGCAGCACAGAACUAUCUCCAGAAGCUGACAGAAAUAAGGUCUCAGCAUUGAACGUCGAGUAGAGGCACACUAUGUGACGGAGGUGGCUGAAAAAGGUUAACAGAGGCAACGAGUGUGAACUGGACUGAAAGGAGGAUGAGAUGAGGAUUCUAGUCAGAGGUGGUUGAUGCUGAGCAACGCUGAAUCGCUGUAUAUUAAAAGAUUUGAUACUCAAGUUACACCA